UAUUAAAUGGCGUCACAGGACUGUUACAAGAUUUUGGAUGCCAAAAAAAUAGUAAAUCAUGUCGUCGCCAGUAUCCACUUCUAACAAGCGGGUAAGGCCCACAAGUGCUGCAGUAGAAGAGGCAGUGAGAGAAGUAAUUGCUGGUAACCAGUCCAUAAAUAAAACGGCAUUGGCUUUUGGGAUAUCAAGAGCUUACUUAGCAAAAAUAGUUAAAAAAGUUAAAAGUACCGAUGAAAAUUACGUGCAUAGCCCAAAUAUUGGUAACAAGCGCAUUUUCUCUAAAGCUGAAGAAGAUCUAUUAGUUUCAUAUUUAAAAACUGCAUCAAAAAUGUGUCACGGUUUGACAAAAAAACAAACCCGAGAAUUAGCUUUUCAAUAUGCACGGGCAAAUAAUAAAUGUCCAGAAAAAUGGACCAUUGAUCAAAUAGCUUCAGUGGAAUGGCUUCGUGGCUUCUUGAAGAGGCACAAAGACUUGUCAGUUCGAAAACCUGAGAGCACAUCGUUGUCUAGAGCCACUAGUUUUAAUAAAACUAAUGUAGGUGAAUUUUUUGAGAAACUUACCGGUCUCUAUGAAAAGUAUAACUUUCCACCGCAUAUGAUUUUUAAUGCUGAUGAAACAGGAUGUAGUACUGUAUCAGCUCCACCUAAAAUAAUAGCUCAAAAGGGUUCCAAACAAAUUGGGCAGGUAACUUCAGCAGAACGUGGUACACUGGUGACUACUCUUUUUUUUAUUAAUGCUGCAGGUGGUACUUUACCACCGGUGUUCAUUUUCCCGCGAGUAAAUUAUAAGGAUCACAUGUUAAAUAAUGGGCCUUCUGGAGCAUUAGGUUUAGCGCAUAUCUCUGGCUGGAUGACAGAAAACAAUUUCGUAAAAGCACUGGAACAUUUCGCAAGCCACGUGAAACCAACUAAGGAAAACCCUGCCCUGCUGAUAUUGGAUAAUUAUGCAUCCCACGUUAAUCUUCGUGUAAUAGAAUUGGCUCGUAUACAUUUUAUAAAAAUACUGACCUUUCCACCACAUUGUAGCCACAGAUUACAACCUUUGGAUGUUACUGUGUACGGGCCUUUUAAAACAAGAUAUCGUAUAGUAAUGAACGAGUGGAUGCUUUGUAAUCCUGGCAAAACUGUCACCAUCUAUCAUGUUGCACAGUUUGUAAGAGAUGCUUAUUUAGCAGCAUUUAGUAUGGUAAAUGUUACUCAGGGAUUCAAAACAACUGGUAUAUAUCCUUUAAAUAGUAAAAUAUUCUCUGACGAUGAUUUUCUAACAUCAUACGUGACUGAUAAACCUAAUCCAGCACUAUCGGAAGAUGCUAUCGCAGAUAACGUAAGACCUAGAACACCUCAACUCAGCAUUACCAAUAUUGAUUCUUCGCAUGCAUCCAGAAGUCCAAAUGCUAAUCGCACGCCAAUAGAUGAUUUAAUGACUAACAUAUUACAGCCAUCAACAUCACGACAGCAAAUUGUUAGCCCUGAAAUUGUAAGACCCUUUUUAAAAUCAGGACCAAGAAAGAAUAUUAAAUCCAACACGCGUAAAAUGGUAUCGGCUAUAAUUACAGACACACCCGAAAAAAACAAAAUACAGGACAAAGAAACGAAAAGUAAAUCACUAAAGUCUGCUAAGAACAUGAAAACGAAAACAAACAUAAGGCUGUUAAAUAAAAAAAAACAAGAUGACACUAGUGAUUCUAGUGAAAGCAUAUUGUCAUUGCAUGAUGAUACAUCUUUAACGAGUUCAGAUAAUGAUAUCAACUUAUUAGAAUUAAAAAAGAGGAAGAUUCUUUCAAACGAAGAUAAUAAUUAUUGUAUUGUUUGUAAUGAACACUAUGUCAAUACGAAAGAAGAAUGGUACCAGUGCAAGAUAUGUGAAGGUUGGGCCAAUGAAUCUUGUGGAAUUAAAGGAGUGAUUAAUUUCUUUUGUCAGAAAUGUUUUUAGAGUCGUUAUUAAUGUUACGAUUAUUUUGUUAGUGAUUAUAUAACUUUUUAUUUUAUUGUUUUUGUUAGACGGAUCUUUAUUUGUUGAUUAUGCCAAUGUUUAAUAAUUAUUAUCGAGACUGAUUAAAACUGUGAUUUCAGAGUCCAAUUAGUGAAGUUUUAAGAAAUUAGAUUUAUAAGAUUGUACUGAUUGUUAAUAAUUUAAAACGGAUUUGUUCCUUAAAAUAGGUAUGUGGCUCUUUCAUAACA